AUGAACACCAGUAACGUCACUGAUAUGUCAAACGCAAGUAACUCAGAACCCGAUCCCUUCACUUUCAUGGGCUACUAUUGCUUAUCGAUGGUUGUGCUUGGUACAAUAUUCAAUCUCUUCACACUCACUGUCUUAUGUCGAACAACAUUUCGAAAUAGUCAGGUUCGUCCAAUGAUUCACUACAUGCGUGCCAUAGCAGCAAUUGACUUUCUUGGUCUGUAUGGAUGGACUCUUGAUGCUUAUUUUGAUGCUGUCUAUGGAUUUACACUGAAUUAUUCGUAUACAGUUGCAUCGUCAACGCCUGACGAUUGUUCAAUUUGUUUGUGCGCUCUGAUACCCGGUGCACCUCUAUUGACGCUGCCAUGCAGCCAUAAGUUUCAUCUGGAAUGCUUUGCAUUGAAUUUGCAAGCGGACAAUCAUCAAUGUCCGCUGUGUCGAACCACAGUUGAUUCAAAUAGUAGAAAGUCGAAACUAACACUUCGCAGCUUUUUCAUCGGAAUAAAUCCUAAUCGAAGUAGAUUGCUACCAUCUACUGGUAGAAAUGAUCGAUUUGUACGAGAUUCUACUAAUGCAAAUCCUGUUCAUGAAAGGACUUCUCAAAUUGCGUCCAAUGAGCUCCCUGGAGCUCAACUAACUAAUGCUUUAUCGGAUAUGCCCUUCAUUACCGUUCCACUUACGCUAGAAUUCGGUGGUCAGUUGUCGACUGAAGAGUCUACGAUACACAGACUUGUCACCUUUGAAGCGCCUUCGGGUAGUGAACUAUCAAGAAGAUUUCACACUCCAAUUGAUUUGAUUUGCGUUGUCGAUCAGAGUAGUUCGAUGUCUGCGGAAGAAGAAUAA